GGUGAAAGAGAAAAAAUUAUUGAUAAUACACCUUUAAGUUAUGCUGAUCAUUUCGGAAAAUGUAGGUCUACUGAACCGGACCAGCGCCCAUCUUUAGACCAAGUUUUAGUUGAACUCAAUAAACUAUCAACGGAACUACACAUUGAAACUGAAGUUUUUUCAAAAGAUAUUUCGACAACGAUCGAAAUGACUGAAGAAAUACUUCCGGAGGAAAUUAAAACUUUUGACUAUAAAGAAUUUAAGUGGGAAGACGAAGGACUGAUGGUUGCACUCGAGAGUUUUAGUGAACAUCCACAUAAAACGAUUGAAAAUACAUACAUAGAUCCAUUCGAAAAG